AUGUUCAUCGUCCUGCUGGCACUCACCAACCCAGGUCAGCAGCAGCAGCACCAGUCUUUGCACAAGCUGUCCACGAGCGCCUACAGCGAUGGCUACCGGCCCCUGAUACACAACAUCUUAGACAUCUCCAGCCUGCCAAUACACACCCUGCACCUCACCGGCUCCACGACCUCACCUGGUGUGCCCUCCUCCAACUCGCACACCUUCUCCCUCCUGCAGACGAUUCACCGUGCACCCAAUCUUGGCAGCAUGCCCUCACUUGGGACCCACUACCACCAACACCACCUUGGCUCGCUGCACAACUUCUCCACCCCGGCGCACUUCAACUUGACCCUGCUCAUGCUCAACUCGUCCAUGCGCUUCGACCCGCACCCAUCGCAACUGCAGAAGCAACAGCCGUCCUCGCUCUCGUCCUCCUUCUUGCACGUGCCCUCAACUGGGCACUGGCAUCUCCUCGGACUUGCACCCCCGCUCCCACUCCUGGACGCCCUCCCACAGCCCCAGCCCAACCUGCACACAGUCCACAUCCUGCACUGCGUGCACCUCCCACGCCAAGUGCAACUCAAUCUCCUCUGGCAGCCCUCCCCCGUGCCCCCAGCCUGGCCCGAUCAUCAUCCCCCCCUCCUCCUCCAACCCUCCUCCCCUGGUCAACCUCAACCUCAACCUGAUUGGCCUCAGCGGUCCAAACAGGGUCAACGGCAUGGGCUCGCCGCUGCACAGCACAGCUGGGGGCUGCUCCCACACCCGCUUUUUGGCAGCCUCAGUGCGCCACACGGGCUCGGCGUCAGCCCAAAGGACAUUGUGAUCAUCCGCGAGAACCUGGCCGCCACCAACGACCCGCCAGCAAAACAGUGA